GAAGAAGAAGAGGAGGAGAGGAGAGAGAGGGGGGCGACCAGAUGGGAGGAAGGAAGGAAAAGAUCUCUCUGCGGGCUCAAGUGCGCGAUUAAAGGAUCCCGUAUAAAUAAACAAACAUAUGAACCGAGACCCAUAAUAAAAACGGGGUGUUAUAGGCGCGCCGCCGCACGGUUGCGGGGACGCGGACCGGGACAAGACAGCGGCGCGUUGAAGCAGCCGAGUCCCGUCUUUCUCUCCUCUCCGGAUUUCUCCCCAAGUUCUUCCUCUCCAGUUGCACCAUCGGCUGCAAGUUUUGUAAAAGAGAAACUUUUCAAAUCUGCGCUCGCACUGCGAUCCAAUUAACUUUCUCCCCGCCGGAGAGCUCCGAAGUGGCAGCGGAGGAAGGGAAGACAGAAGGAAGGAAGAAAGGAAGGAAAGGGAAGAGUUUCUCUCUGUUUUUUGAUUUGUUGGUUGUUUGUUUGUGUUUACCGACGACUGCCGCUUGCUCUAGCCGGGGUUUAGGCGUCGGCACCCGGGCAGGGAGUCCCUCGCCAUGGCCGGGGCCAAGCCGGGAGUCCACGCUCUGCAGCUCAAACCCGUGUCCGUCCACGACACGCUGAAGAAGGGAGGCAAGUUCAUCAAAUGGGACGAGGAGCCCAACAGUGGCCCACCCACCCUGGUGACUCUGAAGGUCGACCCAGAUGGAUACUUCCUGUACUGGACUGGAGGAGCCAACUUGGAGGUGGAGACUUUAGACAUCAGCACCAUCAGGGACACCCGGACAGGGAAGUUUGCCAAACAGCCAAAGGACUCCAAGGUGCGUGAGGUGCUUGGCUUCGGUAAGGGCGAUGGUGUGGAAGGGAAGCUGGUGACGGUCGUCCAUGGCAACGACCUGGUCAACAUCUCCUUCCUCAACUUCCAGGCCAUGCAGGAAGACACAGCCAAGAUCUGGACAGAGGAGCUGUUCAAGUUGGCUACCAACAUACUUUCCCAGAAUGCAUCACGGAAUACCUUCCUUCAGAAAGCGUACACUAAGUUAAAGUUGCAGGUGAAUCAGGACGGGAAGAUUCCAGUGAAGAACAUUCUCAAGAUGUUCUCAGAUAAAAAGAGAGUGGAGACGGCUCUGGAGCAGUGCGGCCUCGUCACCAACAGGGCGGAGGGAAUAAAGCCAGAUGAUUUCACAUGGGAGGCCUUCCAGAAGUUUCUCGACAGCCUCAGUCUGCGGCCUGAGAUACAAAGCAUCUUUGAGGAGAAUGGCUCCAAGAGGAAGCCGUUCAUCUCUCUGGACCAGCUGAUGGACUUCAUCAACCGCAAGCAGCGAGACUCCCGACUGAACGAGGUGCUGUACCCCCCGCUGAAACGGGAGCAGAUCCGACAGAUCAUGGAGAAGUACGAGAUCAACGCCAGCCAGCUGGAGAGAGACCAGAUCAGCUUGUUGGGUUUCAGUCGUUAUCUGGGAGGAGAGGAGAACAGCAUCGUGCCUCCCGAGAGGCUGGACGUCAUCGACGACAUGAACCAACCGCUCGCUCACUACUUUAUCAACUCCUCGCACAACACAUACCUCACAGUGGGCCAGUUGACCGGUCUGUCCUCAGUGGAGAUGUACCGGCAGGUUCUGCUGACAGGCUGCCGCUGCAUAGAGCUGGACUGCUGGAAGGGCCGGCCGCAGGACGAGGAGCCCUACAUCACCCACGGCUUCACCAUGACCACCGAGAUUCCCUUCAAGGAGGUGAUUGAGGCCAUAGCAGAGAGCGCCUUCAAGACCUCUCCCUACCCCGUCAUCCUCUCCUUUGAAAACCAUGUCGACUCGUCCAAGCAGCAGGCUAAGAUGGCAGAGUACUGCAGGACCAUCUUUGGAGACGCCCUGCUUAUCGAUCCACUGGAGAAAUAUCAGCUGGUCCCAGGUCAGCACCUCCCCUCGCCACAGGAGCUGCUGGGGAAGAUUCUCAUUAAAAACAAGAAGAAGCACCACCACCACCGGCCGUCGAGCGGCGGCAGCAUACGGCGCAGAGAGCUGGAGGAGCAGUCGUCACCUAACAACGACUGCCCUCUGACAGACGGCGAUGCAGGCCAGCUCCUGUCCAACGGGGAGGAGAAGCUGGCAGAGAGGAUGGUCAAAGACUCGGAUCCUCGCAAGUCCAUUGGAGGGGAGGGGGAGAGCGAGGAGGACGAGGAGGAUGAACUGGUGAACGAACCGAAGAAACCAAACUCGGACGAGGGCACAGCCAGCAGUGAGGUGAACGCUACAGAGGAGAUGUCGACUCUCGUCAACUACAUCGAACCGGUCAAAUUCAAGAGCUUUGAAGUGGCAACCAAGAGGAAGAAAUACUUUGAGAUGUCGUCGUUCGUGGAAACGAAAGGCAUGGACACGCUGAAGAGCUCCCCCAUCGAGUUUGUCGAGUACAACAAGAAUCAGCUGAGCAGGAUCUACCCCAAGGGCACCCGGGUCGACAGCUCCAACUACAUGCCUCAGCUCUUCUGGAACGUGGGCUGCCAGAUGGUGGCGCUAAACUUCCAGACCCUCGACCUCCCCAUGCAGCUGAACAUGGGCGUGUUUGAGUAUAACGGUCACAGCGGCUACCUGCUGAAACCAGAGUUCAUGCGGAGGACGGACAAACACUUUGACCCUUUCACUGAGAACAUAGUGGACGGCAUCGUCGCCAAUACGGUCAAAAUCAAGAUAAUCUCAGGCCAGUUCCUGACGGACAAGAAGGUGGGCGUGUACGUGGAGGUCGACAUAUUUGGACUUCCUGCCGACACCAAGAGGAAGUACAGAACCCGAACGUCCAAUGGGAACUCACUGGACCCCGUCUGGGAUGAUGACACAUUUGUCUUCAAUAAGGUGGUCCUCCCCACCCUGGCCUCCCUCAGGAUAGCGGUGUUUGAGGAGAACGGCAAGUUCAUCGGCCACCGCAUCCUCCCAGUUUCUGCUAUCAGACCCGGCUACCACUACAUCAACCUGAAGAAUGAGCUGAACCAGCCCCUCCUCCUCCCCUCGCUGCUGGUCUACACUGAGGCUCAGGACUACAUCCCUAAUGAGCAUCAGGAGUACGCCGAGGCCCUGACCAACCCCAUAAAGCACGUCAGUCUGUUGGACCAGAGAGACAGACAGCUGGCUGUUCUUAUAGAGGACCACAGUGAGCACGUCUUAGACCAGCCCGGAGAGGAGGAGACGGAAGAGAGUGAUGUCAUUCAGGGAGGCCGACUCCCCUCCCCCUUCCUCCCUCACCCCUCAUUGGAUGAUGUCCCUGACAUCAUCAACUCACCUGGACCAGGUCAGAAGGAGGACCUCAUAGCCACUGUUCUGUCAGACGUCCAGGUCAUGUCUAUAGAGGAGCUGAGGCAGCAGAAGAAGUACCUGAAACUGCUCAAGAACCAGUGCAAAGAACUCAAAGAGCUGCGCAAGAAACACUUUAAGAAGGUGUGGUCUCUGAGUAAGGAGCAGAAGAGUCGGUGUAACCAGCUUCAGUCCGACACCCAGAGGAGACGCAGCCAGAUGGAGAAAAACCUCAAACGCAGCCUCAAGAAGAACGAGCCGCAGGAGCCGGUGCAGAAGCAGCUGACGGCGUUGGAUCAGGAGCUUCAGAAGCAGACGGUCCAGCUGAGGGAAUGGCAGAUGCAGGAGCUGCUGAGGCUGCGACAGCAACAACACACACUGGAGAGAGAGAGGAAGCAGGUGCACCUGCAAGAGGCUUUCCAGCGGCUGAAGGAGACGGCUCAUGAAUGCCAAGCAGCUCAGCUGAAGAAGCUCAGGGAGACGUGUGAGAAGGAGAAGAAAGAGCUGCAGAAGAUCCUGGACAGGAAGAGGCUCAACAGCAUCAGCGAAGCCAAGAGCCGCGACAAGGACAAGGCUGAAACGGAACUGAAUGAGAUCAACAGGAAGCAUAUUCAAGACUCUGUCACCUUAAUCCGCAGGCUGGAGGAGGCCCAGACCAGGAGGCACGACAAGCUCAUGCUGAAACAGAGGGAAGUGCUGCAACACAUAGAUGAGGAGCAUCCGAUGCUGCAGUCUCGGCUGGAGAGGGAUCUGGAGCUGGAGCUUCAGCACAUGCCCGAGGAAAUCUGCCAGUACCUGCAGGAGGAACUGCAGAGCAAAGGCCUCCGCAGCGACGCGCUCUUCUCCUCCCUGUCCAAUCACAGCAGCCCCAGCUCCGGCUCGGGCCCGCCCUCCAACUGCUCCACGCCCUCCUACCCCUCCACGCCCAAUCGGAGCCCCUGGAACAGGAGCAUGGACAAUAGCACUGCCUCAUUGGCCGAAUCCACUUCCUCGUCCACCACUCCCGUCCUAUCAGAGGCCGAGAUGUCGUUCAGUUAAAACUAAAUGAUGUAAAAAGAAAAAAGCAUACACUCAACUGGGGUCUAUAAUGAUAAUAAUGUGGGAUAGUAAUGAUAUGGGGUAUUUACUUUAACUAAUUUUAUUCUUUUUUUUUUUUGGUCAUUUUUUUAUCACAGACUAUUGUCUUGUUCUCGUCUAUAGAGCGUUAUUGUUGUUUGUUUUUUUUGGCUGUUGAUGUUUUUUUUUUUUUUCUGUCAGACGAUACAUCAUGCGUCAUAACCAACUCCAUUUUUACAUUUUCCUCAUCUUUUUGUCUUGUCGCUUUUAAGAUUUUAUACCCUAUCAUUUCCUUUUUUUUUUUUUCCCUGAUCAAACACCUGUGCUGAUCUUUUUGCCGCACCGCCAGCUUCAUGGUGAUCGUCUCUGGCAUCGUCGGUACUGAAGCCGCUCCCACUCAGCUUCAAGCCCCUCGACUCCCAGCUUUAAAACGUGGAGGCGCACUCAAGGAAACACAGGCAGCCAGGGGAAAUGUUUGGUACACAAAUGCAUUUCUUGAUUCAAGCUUUCAUUUCUUGAGAACUACAGUCAUGCGGCUAAGUGUGUUGAUAAAUUGUUUUAAUCAUUUGUAACGUGCAGAUUUCUCCAGAGACUGGGCCGAGGAUUGUUGGAAAACUUAAUUCUCACUUUAUGCUUUUUGAUUUGGCACCAUUUUCAUACGUUUACACAUUUGGCCAUUCAUGUAGCUUCAUAACAGCUUGGAGCUGUAAAGAUAUGGGGAAUUACAGAAACCGCAGCUUGUGGUGACGUCUUUAAGCUGCGUAUGAAUGAUUUUAUGACUUUUGCAAUCAAGGAAACCACAGAUUCUCCAAUGACUCCGUUGUCCUACAAGUAGGAAUUUUUACUGUAGCAACCAGAAAUUAUGAUGGUGAUAGAAAACGUUUUUAAAAUUUUUGGGAUCACAAAUUAGUGCAAAAACAAAAAUUAUUUUUUUUGUGUCUGACUUUUAAAGCUUUUAAAAAUCCAAAGUUUUACCUGUAAUGGCAGCAGCUGACCAGCAGGGGGUGCUGCUGUCUUAACAGUGUGUUUUAAUCAGCUGCUGAAUGGUUUGAGCUACCUGUCCAAUCAUUCAGCCAGAUUAUUCUAUUGUGCACGCACGCACACACACUCACACACUCUCACACACCCUUGUCCAGCCAGGCCUUGCAGCAUCAUCGGUCAGGAUAAACCUGCGGCCUUUAACCUCCUGUCAAAAUCUAGCCAUGGUUAGAGGGGUCAGAGUCAGAGUCACAUCUGGAUACACUGCUUUGUGUGUGUGUGUGUGUGUGUGUGAGAGAGAGAGAGAGAGAGAGAGAGAGAGGGAAGGAAAGAGAGGGAGCGAGAGAUUUUGUGAUACAACACUUUGACUUUAUAGAGGAACGCAUAAGCGGACAUACUUUGCUCUCGCUGUCUGUCUCUCUCUCUCUCACACACACACACACACACACUCACAC